GGGAAGCAGCACAGCCGGUGCAGUGUUUGACCCUGGACAUGGAGCUGACCGCGAUGAGAGCCGCAACACUUCUGCUGCUGUUGUGCUCCUCCGCCGGAGGAGCGCAACAGUCCGCUGCUGGAAAAGCGUAUUACAUAGCAGCUGUAGAAAUCGGUUGGGACUACGUGUACUUGGACGCUGUUGACCCAGCGCCCGACCAAAGGAGAUCCAGAGAUAUUCCUCAAAAAUACGUCAAGGCAGUUUACAGAGAGUAUACAGAUUCUACAUACACUGUCCCCAAACCAAGGCCAGCAUGGACAGGUAUUCAAGGCCCAGUGAUUGUUGCUCAGGCUGGUGAGACGGUGAUGAUCCACUUUAAAAACCUGGCCUCUCAGUCCUACAGUAUCAGCCCUGUGGGGAUCACCUACUGGAAACAGUCUGAAGGAGCCGGCUAUGAUGACUACACAGCAGGCCAUGAGAAGGAGGAUGAUGCCGUCUCUCCUGGAGGCUACUAUAAGUACGUGUGGGAGAUCAGCCCUAAUGACGGUCCCACUUCCAGUGAUCCAGAGUGCCUCACCUACUCCUACUCAUCCCAGGUGGACACAGUCCGAGAUGUGAACUCAGGACUCAUCGGUGCCUUGCUCAUCUGCAAAACAAGUGCCCUCACAGAUGAUGGCCAGAGGAGAAACCCGGCGUUUGUCCUGCUGUUUGCAGUAUUUGAUGAGACCAAGAGCUGGUAUGGAGAGAUAGGAGAGAGGAAGAGCAGAGAGAAGUUCAAGAGAAGCAUCGGCAGAAAGGAAUACCACACCAUCAACGGAUAUAUCAACUCUACAUUACCCGGUUUGACAAUGUGUCAGAGCCGUAAACAUGUGUUCUGGCAUCUGAUUGGGAUAGGCACAACUCCAGAAAUCCACUCUAUUCAGUUUCAGGAUCACACUUUGCAGGUGUUGACCCAUCGGAAAGUCACCGUUGAGAUGACCCCGAUGACAUUCAUCACUGCAGAAAUGAGACCUGUUACUUUAGGCCGCUUCCUUAUGAGCUGUCAGAUACAUGCUCACCGCCACGAUGGCAUGAACGCCUUCUUCACGGUGGAGAAAUGCCCCGAACCUGUGAUUCUGCCGGGACCCGACCUGCGUAACGUCAAACACGAGGAUAACGCGGACAGCGGUGAUGACUACAGUGUCGAUGGCGAGGAUAUGUUCAACACCAUAAGCUUUCAGCCUAGGAAGCAACAACUGCAAGCAAGAGCCAGCGGAGGACAGCCAUCUAGGACCUGGGAGCAUUACAUCGCUAUUGAAGAGGUCACCUGGGACUACACCCUUCGCUUCAAACUCGCAGAUAGUAAGUUGCAGUCAGGAUAUUUGGUUGCACCUCCCCAUCACCUGGACUACAAGUAUACAAAGGCUGUGUAUGUGGAAUACACAGAUGGAUCUUUCACUCGGAGGAAGAACCCUGCCCCGACACUGCUGGGUCCACUUCUGAAAGGAAAAAUCAACGAUCAAAUCUUUAUCACGCUCAGAAACCUGGCCAGUCGCCCUUUUAACAUCUACCCCAAUGGCCUUACCAAGAUCCUUCCACUGCAUAGAUCCCCCAACGCUGCAGAGAAAGACUUGUGCUCCAUGGGAGUGCCGCCCAACGGGACGUUUAGCUACGUUUGGAGGCUAACAUUAGAUGAUGGACCCUUGGAGGGAGACCACCAGUGUCUGACCCAGCUGUAUCAGAGCACCGUCUCCCGAGAGAGGGACUUGGCCUCCGGGCUGGUGGGCACCCUGCUCAUCUGCAAACACAACACCAUGGACACCAGAGGACGUCUGUUGGGCCCAGACAAAGAGUGGAGCCUGAUAUUUGCUGUGUUUGAUGAGAACAGAAGUUGGUACUUCAACGAAAACAUGCAGAAGUCCAGCCAAACCUCCUGGAACAUCACAGACCCUAAAUUCUACAGCUCUAAUGUCAUUUACAGUAUAAACGGCGACAUGUUCGGCGGGCGACAGUUUGUGGUGUCUCAAACGGACGUUGCCUUCUGGCAUGUGGCCUAUGUGGGCACCCAGAGUGACUUCCUCUCUGUUUACUUCACUGGAAACCUCUUUGAGUACCAAGGCCUUUACCAGUCCGUCCUCACCCUCUUCCCCAUGACUGCCAUAACCGUUCCAAUGGAAACCGUGCUGAUGGGUGAGUGGGAGAUCAGUGCCUAUGAUGGCAGCCUCAAGAGCAAGGGGAUGAGCAUCCGCUACAGCGUACGUCAUAGCGACGAUGGAGACCGAGUUGAUCAUGACGAGAUUGAAGGCGAUUACUUUGACUAUGUCGAUCAGCCAGAUCUACAGCCGAGGGGCAGAAGAUCUAAAAAUCGCACAGUGUUGGUUCCAGUGUGUGAGAAACCCCUCGCGAAUAACAAUACUCAAUCAGGAAACACUUCCAGUCAAAAUGCCAUUUGUAAUAAAACUGAGGGGACUGCGGGUGAACAACAUUCAGCAUCUCAGCUGAAGGAAGUGACUGCAACAUCACCAGAAGAAGAGGGAGGAAUCCCACAGGAUAUCUUGGAGGAAAUAGAGAGAGAUGGGGAGCGGACAGUUUCUCUGAAUGGGACUGAACCUGGAGUAGAGGGAGGUGGCAGGCACAGGAGACAAGCGGACGGCAACUGGACAGAUGUAGAUAUCGGUUCUGGAGCCUCAGAAGAAGAAGGACCUGAGCUAGAGAUUGGAGAAGAAGCGGCUAAAGAUAGGACUGAGGCUGGUGCCGAGGUAAAAGCUGAGGAAAGGAAAGAAGCGUCAAGUGUGAAUAAUGGGACGAAUGGAAAGCUCGAAGAGAGCAACGAGAUCUUACUUGACAGCAAUCCACAGCUGAACGAGAAGGACUCAACUGUAGGGCUAAGCAAUUCAGAAGAGAUGGAUCAAAACAUAGUCCCACAAAACCACAUCCGGUCUGAACCUGAACGACUUACAGUAGAUCUGCCAGAUCUGGAAUACAACUACACUGUUAAUAACAACGUCACAACAGGAAUUGAUCUGUCCCUCGAGUAUGAUGACUACGAACAAGAGGUGAACGGCACAUCAGAUAUACUUGCUUUGGAUUACAUGGACCUGCGCUCCGGAGACACCAGCCAUCGCAAAGUCUACUACAUUGCUGCUGAGGAGAUCAGCUGGGACUACGGCAUCAGAAAACCACACCAGUUAAUCAAACCCAGAGAGAUGCGUCGAGGGAUGAGGAAGUUCCUGCCAGAUUAUAAGAAGGUGGUGUUUCGGGCCUACAGCGAUAAAGACUUCCUACUUCCUGUAAGCAGAGGAGAGCCCCAACAACACCUGGGAAUCAUGGGACCUUUCAUCAGAGCUGAGAUUAAUGGUGUCCUCACUGUGGUCUUCAAGAACAAGGCAUCCAGGCCUUACUCCUUUCACCUUCAGGGGGUCUAUGACCGCAGCCAGGGGGCCGGCAUCGACCAAACCCAUGCCUCCUCUGCUCCACCCGGGGUCCCAGGAGAGCCUGUGGCCCCUGGGGAGGCACGGCAAUAUACCUGGAGAGUAACCAGCAAACAAGGACCAACCAACACUCAAUUUGCCUGCAAGACUGGGGCUUACUACUCCACUGUGGAUAAGGAGAAGGACCUUCAUUCAGGUCUGAUUGGUCCACUGGUGAUCUGUAAAUCCGGUAUUCUCCAGACGCGUCAGAACACGCAGCCAGACGUCCAGGAGUUCGCCCUCCUCUUCCACACCUUUGAUGAAACUAAAAGCUGGUACAUGGAGGAGAACCUGCGGCGGCACUGUGCUCCGCCCUGUCAGGCCAACACUGAGGACCCCUGGUACCACACCAGCAAUAAGUUUGCAGCAAUAAACGGUUAUGUGGCAGAGACACUUCCUGGUCUGUUGGUCGCCCAGCACCAGCUCGUCAGGUGGCACCUUCUGAAUGUUGGAAGUGAUGGAGAGUACCACGCUGUGCAGUUCCAUGGUUUACCUUUCACUGUUCACACCGGAAAGGAACACCGUAUGGGGGUCUACAACCUCUUCCCUGGGGUGUUUGGCACGGUGGAGAUGAGACCCCCCACAGUCGGCACGUGGCUUGUGGAGUGCACUAUCGGAGACUACCAGCUGGCCGGCAUGAGGGCUAAACUACUGGUCUAUAAUCCACGAUGUGUCUUGCCUCUGGGGAUGAAAUCAGGAAGGAUCAAGGAUUCCCAGAUUACAGCAUCAGAUCACAUAGAUAACUGGGAGCCGAGGCUGGCGAGGCUGGAGCAGUCGGGUUUCAUCAAUGCCUGGAUGGGCAGAAACAAAAUGUCAUGGAUACAAGUUGACCUUCAGAGGCCCACCCUGUUGCACGCUGUGCAGACACAGGGAGUCAGUUACAAGCUGAGGGACAACUACAUAGCAAUCUUCCGCAUCUCCUACAGCCUGGACCAAGAGACGUGGACCACCUACAAAGGAAACCGGCAGAACAAAGCAUUUUAUGGCAACAUGGACAGCUCCAAGGUGAAAGACAACCCCUUCUCUCCACCAUUUGUGGCUCGCUACGUCAGGAUUCAUCCGGUAAACUUUGUGAAAACGCCUGCUCUCCGCCUGGAGCUGCUGGGCUGCGAUCUCAACAGCUGCUCUCUCCCUCUCGGGCUCCAGAAGAGGCUGAUUCCUGACGCCAGCUUUAGUGCUUCCUCGUUUUAUUCAUCUCUGCUGCGUAGCUGGAGCCCCGGCCUCGCUCGCCUCCACCAGGAAGGCAGCGCCAACGCCUGGAGGCCAAAGAACAACAACCCUCACGAGUGGCUGCAGGUUGACUUGGGGAAAGUAAAACGCAUUACAGGGGUCGUAACCCAAGGAGCACGAUCAGUGUUUACCCAAAUGAUGGUGACCGAGUUCUCAGUCACCGUCAGUCAUGAUGGUCACUCCUGGAGCAGUGUGUUGGAGGAGAGCUCCCAAAGAGAAAAGAUCUUCACAGGAAACAACGAGUCAGACGAUGAAGCUCUCACCGUUUUUGAUCCUCCUCUGUUCGGCCGCUACCUCCGCAUCCACCCGCGGGGUUGGAUCAAUGACAUCGCCCUGCGUCUGGAGGUCCUGGGCUGUGACACACAGCAGGGGCCCUGACAACUCACCAACGCCACGCAGCAACAUUUUAGUAGCGUAAUGUAUCCUGGUUUCAUUUUGAAAUUCUUUUUAAGAGCACUUAAGUUAUAUAUGACAUGAAGCUGUUUGUAUAAGAGAAGCUAUUUGUUCUGUUCGACAUUUUUUAUUUAGCAAAGAAUCUUGUUUGAUGUCAUUUUAAAAAGGAUCUCUAACGUUGGUAGAAAUCUAUUUUAAGAUGUGAAUUUAAACAGAGCCACAGUUUUUAAAACACAGCUAAGGAACACAGUAGGCUAUUUGCUUUGCUUUCACUUCAGAGCAAACCUUUUGAAUGUAAACGUGUGUAAAUAUUUCAGAUGGAUGUAUAAAGUUUGAAUGUUUGAUGUAUAUUGUUGGAAAAGUUAGUAUUAAUGUAUUUUUCUGCUUUAUUAGAGUUUAUAUAAACGAUGAAUCUCAAA